AUGGAAAAGAAGAAGAAGAAGAAAGAAGGUAUAAAUAAAAAGUCUGCUGAUAUAACAAUUAAAAGAGAAAAAAAGAAAUUAAAAGAAUACAAUGGUGUUAAAUUGGAACUUGAUGGUGACAUUGGUUCGAAUCAAAUCGAAAACGACUCGGUUCUCUUUAUAGUAACAUCAUCUGAUAUUAUUCAUGUACAUGCUAUACCAUCUUGGAAUACAGAGGAGAGAGAAAUCUAUGCACUUGACAAACAGACUACACUCCUCUCUAAAUUAUUUGACUCGUUUCUUGCAAAGUACAAACUUCACGCAAACAAAUCAACUUUACAAAUGCAUAGACCGGCGCCUUGA